GGCUCAGUAUGGAAGCGGAGCGGCUCCUCAGGUCCAUGUUGUUUAUUUUGGGGCUGUGUUCGGUGAAGACAAGUCAGACCUCAGCAUCAGUGAAUCCCUGCUGUUACUUCCCGUGUCAGAACAAGGCCGUGUGCGUCACUGUCAGUGAAGUCAGCUAUGAGUGCGAUUGCACGCGGACCGGUUACUAUGGAGUUAACUGCACGUCGCCUGAUUUCUGGAUGAGGAUCCAGAUCUUCCUGAAGCCGAAUCCCAACUUUACCCAUUACAUCCUGACUCGGUUCCAAUGGUUCUGGAAUAUUAUCAAUAACAUCCCGUUCAUCAGGGACAAGAUCAUGCAGCUGGUGUUAACAGUGCGGGGGAACCUGAUCCCCAGCCCUCCCACCUACAACUCAGACGCCGGGUACCUCAGUUGGGAAGCGUAUUUCAAUCUUAGCUACUACACUCGGUUACUCCCACCAGUGCCGAAGGGAUGUCCAACUCCGCUUGGGACACGAGGAAACAAGGAGUUUCCUGACGCGAAACUUCUAGCCGAGAAGUUUCUGUUGCGGAAGAAGUUUAUUCCAAAUGUUCGAGGGUCCAACCUGAUGUUUGCGUUCUUCGCCCAGCACUUCACCCACCAGUUCUUCAGGACGGAUUUUAACCGAGGCCCUGGGUUCACCAAGGCUCUUGGCCACGGGGUGGAUCUGAGCCACAUCUACGGAGACACCCUGGAGAGGCAGCACCAACUGAGGCUGUUCAAAGAUGGCAAGCUCCGAUAUCAGGUGGUGAAGGGAGAUGUCUACCUACCCUCCGUGGAAGCCGUGCCCAUCAAAAUGAAGUACCCGAGGACGGUGCCAUCCAGCAGCCAGUUUGCUAUUGGCCAGGACCUGUUCGGCCUGAUCCCGGGUCUGAUGAUGUACGCUACCAUCUGGCUACGGGAGCACAACAGAGUCUGCGACAUCCUGAAACAGGAGCAUCCCACCUGGGGCGAUGAGCAGCUCUUCCAGACUGCCAGGCUCGUGCUCCUAGGGGAAACCAUCAAAAUAGUCAUUGAAGACUAUGUCCAGCAUUUGAGUGGUUAUUACUUCAAGUUGACGUUUAACCCUGAGCUGCUGUUUCAUGGGAAUUUCCAGUACCAAAACCGGAUUGCGGUGGAGUUCAAUCACCUGUAUCACUGGCACCCGCUCAUGCCUGACACCUUCCUCGUACAAGGCAAUGAGUUCAGCUACGAAGACUUUCUAUUCAACACCUCGGUCCUGCUUGAGUACGGGCUGGAGGGCUUAGUGGAGUCGUUUAGCAAACAGAAGGCAGGUCAGAUUGGUGGAGGCAAGAAUAUCCACCACAAGGUCCUGCAUGUGGCAAUCAGAGUCAUCGAGCAAGGAAGACAACUGCGGUUUCAGUCCUUCAAUGAAUACAGAAAGAGGUUUGACCUGGUGCCCUACACAUCCUUCCAGCAACUGACAGGGGAAACGGAAAUGGCGGGGGAGCUGGAGGCACUGUAUGGUGACAUUGACGCUUUGGAAUUUUACCCUGGGCUCCUGUUGGAAAUUCCGCAGGAAAACGCAUUAUUCGGGGAAAGCAUGGUGGAAAUGGGGGCUCCCUUCUCCCUCAAGGGGCUGAUGGGAAAUCCUCUCUGUUCUCCCCAAUAUUGGAAGCCAAGUACGUUCGGAGGGAAGACGGGAUUUGACAUCGUCAACACGGCAUCCAUUGAGAAGCUGGUUUGUCUCAACCUAAAGAGGUGUCCUUACGUGGCUUUCCAGGUGCCCGACACUGUAGACGGUGAACUGGAGAUGAAGGAAAGGGAGCCUUCGUCCGAGCUGUAGUGUAAUUGGGAAGGUUUGGAGGGAGGGGAGCAAGAUAUUGGGGGUUUGGGUGAAAGUGCUGUGUGGGGGCUUUGCACUCCACCUAUUUCUUUUUUUUUUUUAGCGACUAAAAAGGGUUAACUUACAAUGGGAUUAAUUUUCUUAACGAGGAGUCUCGGGUUGCGAUACUGGAGGGAGGGGCUGAAUCGCCUUCCGGUAACUGGAGAGGACGUCACGCCAAUCCACAGGAAGCUCCGACUCCGACCAAAUUGGACUUGAGGUACAGAUCGGCCAUGAUCCAAAAGAAUGAUGGAACAGGUUCGAUGGGCUGAAUGGCCUCCUCCUGUUCCUUAGACUCCCAACUGCUUCCGGAGCGGAGCUUCAUGGGGUUUGGGGGGGGAAUUCUUAAAAGGGGAUCACGUUCAGAAAUAGAGCAAAUUAAACCGACACGUCCACACACGCACACCAUUUCCUGGGCUUAGCAAUCACACAGGAUAACAGCACACUGACCUGUUGAGUUGGUUCUUGCACCAGGAGUGGAAUCGAUGUUUAGGCUUUACUUUACAAAGAGGCUACAGUGACACUUGAGUUUAAGCACUCCUGGGAACUACCUCACGUGAAGGGCGCUAUAUAAAUGCAAGUUGUUGUCAAGUUAGAUUUCAAAUGGCCUUUGCACUGGUUUUGAGACUUUACUGGGGUUGUCUCUGAGAUUCAAAGCCUGUUAUGUUAUAUAUAUAUAAAAAAAAGUAAUCCAUCUACUUUGGAUACUUUUUAAUGCGUUAAUACUAAUUGUAUUGUCAUAUAACCAGGAGCGGUGCCACGUUUAACCAGUUCACUAACUCGAAAAUUCCACGAUUUUAAUAGUGGAGCCUCGCUUUAAUUUCAGUAGAACCCUGGGCUCGGCAUUAGACAAGGAUGGGGGUUUAGUAUUUUUUUAUUUAUAUUAAGAAAAAUUGCUUCAGUAUCAAACUUUUAGUUACAAACCCCAGUUUUCUCAUUCCUGCGAGUUUGUUCCUUCAGUUAAAAGGUGAACAAAUAGUUCCCAUUCCGGUCACUAACUCCCUUAAGGGAAUACUUCCCGGUUUCUGUCGUGAACCUGCAAUCUGUGUCCAAUUCCAAUGUCUCGCAACCUUCGCUGUUUGGCUCCCCUUCUCUUCUGACGCUUACGCCUUAAUGCAUUUUUUCACGCAUGUGGUUGGCGGGAAAUCUUAAAAUUGUUCUGCUUUGUUAAACCUUCUUCAUCGGCCGAUAACCAAUAAAAAAAAAUUCUCUCUUA